CUUACAUCACGCGUCAUCGGUCGGUUCGCUUCCCCGCGCGUAUCUACUGCGUCGGCGGUAUUUGUUACCUGCGCGCGUGGAAUGCGGCUGGUAAACAAACAAAACCGGACGCCGAUUUUCCCUGAGUUCGUCAAACCGGUCAGUCCGUCGGAACGACGACGGGAAAAAUCGGGACGUCCCGUAAACAGGCGAGCAGAUGCCCCGAGUGAUUUGCCGCGUAUUUGGGUAUCGAUUGUGAAGGCACGUUAGUUAUGUUCGAAAGGUCGAGUAUAGCUGAGAAGUGGAACGCCGCUUAUACGUCCCGUCGAGAUCGGAGCCCAGAGCGACAAAAUGAAAGCGCUAUUCGUGAUUUGCGUCGCGGCAGUUUUUCACAUGAUCUUCGUCGCUUCGCACGACGACAAGGAUUACGACGAAGCACAAAUUUCUACGCGAGAUGUCGAAUAUAAGGAAACUCGUACGAAAUUAUACGAUUAUAUUUCGACGACACCCAUUUCAUUCAAGCAAAAAGAUGGUAACAAACACAGACAGAGAGCUAAUUCUUCGCGGCCCAGAAACCGUACGACGCAUCGUCCUCGUAAGGGUGGUAAAGGAUCUCGGCGGAAGACGGAUCGCGUUCCACCUGUCGUAAAAAUUCCGGAGAGCAAUCUUUAUGAGGAAGAGCACGAACAUGAAAGCAUUAAUGUUUGGAAUUACAAGGAUAAAAACGAUGAUGUAGACGACAUACAUCAUAUUCGCGAAACUCUUGAUAAUUAUUAUCCGUUUCAUGGAGGAUUGGAGUCUAUCCUGGCAAGAUUAAUCGAAGCGCUGGAGAACAAUACUGGAAAUAUGUCGAAUUCGAACGUGUCGAAUCCAGACGUAUCGAACUCGAGUGCCAUUGAUGACAUGAGCAGCUUCGACGAUGAAGAUCGCUGUCAGAAGUGGCUGGACAACAGGGAGAAGAUCGAGAAUGCCUUUCCGGGAUCCGUCGCCGAUUUGCCAGCGUGCCCCUGCCUGUAUCCGAACAUCAUCUUCUACGACAACCAGAUCUGGGAUAAGAAGCAAAAGAAGAAGUAUCGAUGGCGCGACGUAAGCCACGACAAGGACCGGCUCGCGAUCUACAAACCUGGUGCCGCUUAUUGCGUGCAGACUUUAGCGUCUCAGCAAAGUGAAAGCGCUAUCGUGCAACACUGUUGCUACGAUGAGAAUAGAAAACUACUGACCCGUGGCUCCGGCGCCGGCACACCGUACAUCGUCAGUCCGGAAAUCUCGCCUCUGCUGCAUGAUAAGAUCGACUUGUUGCCUUGGCGACUUUGUAAGGGUGAUUUCACGAGGUAUAACAAAGUGAGAAUGCCGAAUAAUGAUAAUGAUUGUGAGAUAAAUCCGGAUGAUGAAGAGUAUCAACAUCAAGUGGAAAGUGCGAAAGAUUAUUGAGACACGAUACCGUCGCAAUUGUACCAAAAAAGAGCAAUAACUUGCCUAAU